AUGGUGGAAAACGGGUUGGAAAAUGAGUUUACUGACGAUAAAUGGCUUCAGAAAGUCUUUCACGAUGAUAAGGAAGUCCUUUGGCCAAGAGAAGCGGGUGAAUUUGUGGCUAAAACAACAAAAAUUGUCAAGAUUAACAACGAAAAGGUCGAUGAGGUGGCAAAACUGGUAAGUUCUUUUAAAUUUUUUGUUUGAAUUUUAGAGAUUAGAAGACUUCGAACGAUUUAAACAAUAUUGGUCUAUAAAAUACAGGGUUUUCGAUAAUUUUUUGGUGUCUUGAUCAUGGAUAAUAUAAAGUUAUGGUUGUUUUACAAAAUUUUGACGUUGAAGAGCUAAAGUAAAGACCUUAAGAUGAUGUAGGGUACAUUUAAGGACUUAUAAAGGAGCUUGCGGGAUGCUGCUCACUGUUUGGCCUACCUGCCAUGUAUUAUAUCCGGAUACCUCAAUUUUACUCUUUUUUAUCCCGAAAACUCUUCAAGAAUUCUCCUCAGCAUCUUGUAGUUUAGAUUUACGACGAGGCCAAGAAGGGUGCGCUGGAGAAAACCGAGUUUCACGACCAUGAACUUCACCCCAAUUACGAAGAUCCAGAACGGACCGCAAGAUGGGUAUUUUUCGUUGAUACGAUCAAUUUUUGCUUCUGGUAUGGCCAUGACGGGAAUGUAGAAUAUAAUGGGAAGAAUUAUUCGGGUUACUAUUUUGGUGCAGCGUGUUUGAAGAGGGCUCUGGACAAUUAUAAUAUCGAUGUGACAGACCCUAAUGUGAUGAUCACCUUGGAUGAAAAGAAGUUUGGUGAGCUGUUCAGAGGGAAAUGUAAGUGGUUUCAAUUUUGUGUUUUUAUUUUUAGGUGGUUCUAAGCGAAAAAAACGGACUUGAUCUACUACAAGGUCAUGGAUAAAAUCGAACUUUUUUGGUUGAAAAAUAACACUUUUCAUAGUAAAAGUGCAUAAAUGAGGGUGUAUUUUUUCUAAUUAUUUUGGUUCCGAACUGACUUUCCAAGUUUUCACAUCAAAAUUCACCUUUUGACCUUGUUUUAGAUACCUUGAUUGUUUUCAGUGCCAAUUGGUCUCUCAGCUCUGCGAGCGCGCGCCGUUGUCGAAGCUGGUCGAGUUCUUCUUCAAAAAUACGACGGAAAAGUUCUAAAUCUUCUGAAAUCAGCGAAUGGAAGUGCUCAAAGUCUGGUGAAAAUAUUGGUUCGGGACUUCAAGAGCUACCGAGAUUCCUGCGUCUAUAAGGGGAAGCGACGUGAGUUUUUAAAGUUGUAUUGUUGACGUUUAGUGAUGAUCCUAAAACGAGCUCAAAUCUUCACCGCCGAUGUUUAUUCCGCUUUGAAGGGGAAUUCCAAGACAAAUGUGGCCAAUUUUAGAGACAUAGAGUAAGUUUAAAGUGCGGUGACGAGGAGUAAAUCUCGAUUUCAGUUCAUUGACAAUGUUCGCCGACUACCGAGUCCCUCAAAUUCUCUGUCAUCUGGGGGUUUUGGAAUAUUCGAAGCAAUUGCAAAAUAUUUUGAAGAGAUUCUCUCCAAUUCGAAAAGGAUCUGCCACGGAAACUGCAAUCAGAGCAGUCUCCAUUCAUGCCUGUGAUGUAAGAAUCAUUUUUAAAAAUAUUUUUCGAUUUCUAGAAACUAACGAAAAAAGUAAUCGAAUUGGAAAAAGAGCACGGAAAGUUGUCGAAGCCCGUCACUGACGCCGAUAUUGACGUAUUUUUGUGGCUGAAGCGGCGAGAAAUCGCAGAGGAGGUUGAGAAAACCACUUCCCACCAUCGAGUCAUCACCUGGUUUUACUGA